CCGGAAAAAGAGGCUUCGGGAGGAGUGACGUAGGUGGGAGGUGGGCAUGCAACUUGCUUCUCAGAUUCAUGACACUUAGCCCCAAGUUGGCAGACACGUCCAUGAGCCCACGGAGCUUUUGGUUUCCCACAAGCCGCAUUCUCAGUAUUUCAAAAUAAUCUGAUGGCAAGAAAACUUCAACUCCUGUAGGUCAAAGAGGGACACAUUUAACACCACCGCCUCGCAGUAGCGAGACAGAGAACAAACCCUGGCGAUCCUCAACUGCAGAGCCCAACCCCAUGUCCGCAUCUCUCCGAGGCCAGCGGGGACAGACUGGGUCCGCUCUGCAGAGAACCCCCCCCCCCGCGGGAGGGGCAAGACAGCGCGCAGAGGAGCAGAUUACUGUGGGACCGCACAAACGCAAGCCCAUCCGAGGAGGAGUUGUGCCAGGAACACCACCGCCUGCAUUGCGUCGGACCUGCCCAUUUCCAAUGUGAAAUUCCCGGGGAAGGUCGCGGCCGAGGACCGUGUGUGUGCGGGGCUGUGGACCACAGGGGAAGGAGAACUGGUGGUCGGCUUUUCUGGCAGGAGAAGAAAAAAGCUGUGCUGGCAAGGGUGGGAACUGAAUGACAUCCUCCCUCUGCCAAGCCCCCCCUCCCCUCUGCUUUUCCAUCUACCUCCUCGCUCCCGCCCUCCCCCGCCCUCCCCAACCCACGCCCGGGUGGGCCAAUCGCUGCUCCGCAUUCCGGGCGCUUUCUCAGGUUUCUGCUGAUCUUGCAGCGCCCAGAAAUGGACCGAGGGGACCCGCGCCGCACGCACCCUGCCCCACUCGGAGCUCGGAACAGCUCCCGGAGCGCCGCGUAGCCUCGGCGAGGUCUGCGUGGGGGUGCGGAAAGCGGAAGGGACACGCGAGCCAUGUAGAUCCAGGCUUUUGCUCGCUCGCCUCCUUCGGGAUCGAAUCAAGGGCUCCCGCUGUGUUGGGAGGGGGCGAGAGCGCUCCGUAUCGUCAUUUGCUUCAGAGCUCGAGAGAGGGUGGCAUUUCGCUUCUCCGCCCCACAGCCUCCGGAACUCCCCGCACCCAAAAAAGAGCGGCGUCUCCAGGUUGCUGGCCGCGGGUGAGAAUGGGAGUAGGGAAUGGACAUUUUCGCCGUACCUGCCCAAUAAAGCGACUGGUCAGCUGAAGGAACCCAGGACGAGGAGCAAGGGCGGCGCGUUGGCCCCGGCGCCCCUCGGAUGCUGCGGCGGCCGCGGCUCGCGCCCGGGUACCGCAAAGGCGACCUGCCGCAUUCCCACUCGGGCUCUCCGCCGACUCUGCACCGCUCCUGCGCCAAGCCGGCCGGCCAGCAUCCAUCGAUUGCCCUGGUGGGAGCUUAGAAGGCGGCAGGCGAAGAGGGCUAGGAGGGGGGAGAGCCGAGGAGAAGCAGAGGGGGUGGCAGGCGAGGGGAUCUGCUGAGCUGGCUCUGCACCGGGUCCCAGGAGGGCUCGCGGAGGGGAGGGGAGGCCAGGGUGACCUCUCAGCGAUGGCCCGGUCCGCUAGAACGGCUUUGCCUUAAGGCACUCGGAGCAGGACGAAACUCCCCCCCCGCCUCCACCGCCCACCCACCCCGGCGGAAAGCUGCUUCCCGGGCGUCAGGCAAGGGGGAUUUCAAACGGAGGAACAGACAGGGUGGAGGGGACCAUCUCAAGGAGCGGAGUGGCGGAUCUCUCCACCUGCUGGCUCGGAAGCCCCGCCCCCUGAGCGCAGGGGAGCCGCGCACACCGGUGGGGGGGGCGCGCGGGUCCCCCCCACCCCGCCUCCCUCGCCCCUCCCCGCCCCAGGCCCGCCCCGGGUCUCCCGCCGCCGCCGCCGCCGCCGCUGCCGCCGCCCCCGGCUUCCACCAUGACGGUGAUGUCGGGAGAGAACGUGGACGAGGCUUCGGCCGCCCCAGGCCACCCCCAGGACGGCAGCUACCCGCGGCCGGCCGAGCACGACGACCACGAGUGCUGCGAGCGCGUGGUCAUCAACAUCUCCGGGCUGCGCUUCGAGACGCAGCUCAAGACGCUGGCGCAGUUCCCCAACACGCUGCUGGGCAACCCUAAGAAACGCAUGCGCUACUUCGACCCCCUGAGGAACGAGUACUUCUUCGACCGCAACCGGCCCAGCUUCGACGCCAUCCUCUACUACUACCAGUCCGGGGGCCGGCUGCGGAGGCCGGUCAACGUGCCGCUGGACAUGUUCUCCGAGGAGAUCAAGUUUUACGAACUGGGUGAGGAGGCCAUGGAGAAGUUCCGGGAGGACGAGGGCUUCAUCAAGGAGGAGGAGCGCCCCCUGCCCGAGAAGGAGUACCAGCGCCAGGUGUGGCUGCUCUUCGAGUACCCCGAGAGCUCGGGGCCCGCCCGGGUCAUCGCCAUCGUCUCGGUCAUGGUCAUCCUCAUCUCCAUCGUCAUCUUUUGCCUGGAGACGCUGCCCGAGCUGAAGGACGACAAGGACUUCACGGGCACCGUGCACCGCCUCGACAACACCACGGUGAUCUACAAUUCCAACAUCUUCACGGACCCCUUCUUCAUCGUGGAAACCCUGUGCAUCAUCUGGUUCUCCUUCGAGCUUGUGGUGCGCUUCUUCGCCUGCCCCAGCAAGACGGACUUCUUCAAAAACAUCAUGAACUUCAUCGACAUUGUGGCCAUCAUCCCCUAUUUCAUCACCCUAGGCACUGAGAUAGCGGAGCAGGAGGGGAACCAGAAGGGCGAGCAGGCCACCUCGCUGGCCAUCCUCAGGGUCAUUCGGUUGGUCAGGGUUUUUAGAAUCUUCAAACUCUCCCGCCACUCUAAGGGCCUCCAGAUCCUGGGCCAGACCCUCAAAGCUAGUAUGAGAGAGUUAGGGCUGCUCAUCUUUUUCCUCUUCAUCGGGGUCAUACUGUUUUCUAGUGCAGUGUACUUUGCCGAGGCGGAAGAAGCUGAGUCGCACUUUUCCAGUAUCCCCGAUGCUUUCUGGUGGGCGGUGGUGUCCAUGACCACUGUAGGAUACGGUGACAUGUACCCUGUGACAAUUGGAGGCAAGAUCGUGGGCUCCUUGUGUGCCAUCGCUGGUGUGCUGACAAUUGCCCUGCCCGUACCUGUCAUUGUGUCCAAUUUCAACUAUUUCUACCACCGAGAAACUGAGGGGGAAGAGCAGGCUCAGUUGCUCCACGUUAGUGCUCCUAAUUUAGCCUCUGACAGUGACCUCAGCCGGCGCAGUUCCUCCACUAUCAGCAAAUCUGAGUACAUGGAGAUCGAAGAGGAUAUGAAUAAUAGCAUAGCCCACUUUAGACAGGCCAAUAUCAGAACUGGCAAUUGCACCACAGCUAACCAAAACUGUGUUAAUAAGAGCAAGCUACUGACUGAUGUUUAAAAAAAAACCAAGCAAAGAAAAUAAAAAGCCCCCACUUAGCAGCAGCUUAAAGACUUUAAACCAACCAACCAAACCAAACCCGGAGUGACCAAGGUCACUCUUUGUAGAUACUUUCCUAAAUAGUCUUUGAAUGCUCUAUUUAACUGUCGAUGCAUUGUUGCAUUGCCGAGGUGAUGUUGGGGGUGGUGAACCAGAAGCUUUCAGGAGCCAUAAAAAAAAAAAAAAAAAAAAAAGAAAGAAAAAAAGAACCUAUUUUCAUUUUAUUAAAAAAAACGGGAAAAGAAAGUGUAUUUUCUAAAACUGGUUUAAAAUAACUCAGUCCAUGAACUAGUCUAGGUAAAAUAAGAUUCAUAUGCUUCCCCAUUUUUAAUCCUUGGUGGCUUCUUUCAUUUUCUCCUUUUAACUAAGACUCAGAUGACUGAUUAGAAAUAGGACAUUAACAUUUGCAUGGGACUCCAAGAUGAAAUCUUUGCAAACUGCACAGCACACUUACGAAGUGCAUCCAAUGUAUUAGGUGUAACAUGAUAGACCAGCCGAAAUGGGCAACGACAGAUGUUUUUAUUUUGAUCAACUGAACUGCAUAUUGUAAGGUGAAAAAAAUUGACUCAAGACUGGUUCACACAGCACCUUAUAAAUCUGAUACUGGUCCUGGUCUGUAGGGAUCUUUUUUUCCCUCUGCCCCCUUCCCUUCGGAUUCAAACUCUUAAGAAAAAGAUAACUGAAUGAAAUUCACUGUUUCCUCUGCAGUGCUGCUAAGAUUUUCAACUGCAGAUGUGCCCAAUGGGUCUUUUCUCACCAGUCCUGCACCCUGACCCUUGGCCUCCAGAACUGGAUGUAAAACCGUAGCCUCCUUAUUGCAAGAGAGCACAAAUGGAACCAAGUGUUAGCAUGUUUGAAUCUGAUCAUAUUUCUUUUAUAGUCGCAUGCCGAGAACGUUAACUCAGACAAUAGGGAAUAAGCUUACUUUGGAAUCGAGUCUUCGAAAACUAGAUCCGUCUUCAUUUGCAUUCACCAAAAGUGCACUCCUUCAUUUAUUAACUCUUUUUAUUAGUCAAUUAAGUACUGUAUUUAAGUACCUACGUUAGUCAGAUGGGAACAAUCACUUUUUUGGAGUUCAAGCAUGUUCUCUUAUUCAGCAUUAUGGCCUAUUUGAUUAAGGUGUACCUUGAAUUAAUUACUGCAUGAUUCAUUUAAUGUAAAGACAUUUAAAAAAAUAAUAAAAACGACCAGUUUGUGGGAUGAAGGGCCCAAAAGAAAUAAUGGGGGGUGGGGGUGGGGGGCACUCCGUCAAUUUUCCUGCCUUUGCUCAGGGAAAUGUCAGGCUUCUGUGCAGAUGUAGGCAGAGAGGGGACCAAUAUGCCCAUCCCUUAAAGGGAAGCUCUAUGGAAAACUAAGUUAGUGAGGUAUGUAUAGCAACACCUAAGAACACGUAUUCUUUCUAGCUGAAGAUAACCACAAGCAAAACAAACAAACAAAAAAAAGGUGCAAUACUGCAUGUUUUUUGGUGCAUUCUUAAGAUGUAAAUGAAAAUGUUUAUCCACUGUAUGCAUCCAAAGCAGAGCUCAUUUCUUUUUGCAGUCGUGGUUUGAAGUCUGUAGAGACUUCGGCCCUCCCCUUGAGGCUCCCUGAAGACACUCAACCAAUUGAUUUAAUAGUUGCUUAGUGCCUUUAUCCUGUACCCACAGCGAACUGCAGAAAGUGCCUCCAUUAACACAGCAAAGAAGUUAUGUAACCAAGGGGAGGAAGGGUGGGGGCGCAGAUAUUUUGCUUUUCCUUUUCCCACCCUCCCUAUCUCAUGUCACAACCAUGGGGACACCCUGCCAUCCCAUACCCUGGACUGGAGAGACCCGGGAGGGUGCUGCUUCUCUGGCCACCCAGUGGACAUGGUCCCUUUGGCAGCUUGACCUGGGAUGGAAACCGGGGUCUGAGACCCAUCUUCGAACUGGACGUGAGCCAUGAACUUGCAAUUUCCUCUUCUCCACCGGAAGCCAAUAUAAACUCUUGGGGACAUUGUGUCCUAGAAGGGGUCACCCUGGACAAGCAAGGCUUCCUCUGGUCCAGCCCAGCAGGCCUUGUGUAUUUCCAUCCCUCUCCUCUGUCUGCUGCAGCACUUUGCCGCUCUCCGACAGUCUGAUCUUUGCAGGCAUCGUUGUGGAUGCAGAAUGCUCAGUUCAGAAUAGCCUUUCCCAGGCUUUCCCUCCUGGCCCAUCCCCUUCAGAUAUUUCCUAGGUUGUGCCUGUGAUAUUCCCACCCGGCAGUCAUUUCUCAGGCUGAACGUCUAACUUCUGCUGCCCCUGGCACCCACUCCAGAGAACGGUGGGGACCCCGUGCCUAGCUGAAAGGGAGUCACAUCACAUGGGCCUCUGGAGGCCAGCAGCUGCCCACCCACGGGGAGGCACUCCCUGCCUUUCGAAGGACCCGAGGUGGGGAGCUUCCUUCUGCACUUAGCAUGUGGCCACCUGCUGCCCAUUGCUUUUCAUCCCUGCGCUGCUGCUUCUGGAAAUCAUCUUUGUAACUUCCCUCUUCCCACCACCCCGCGUCCUACCCUAGAACGAGCAGGGAGGCGAGAAACCAAGAAACCGGAGUUACUUACACCCAGGCUGGCUGACUCAGUUGAAAGAAAGAACGUGGAUGUUAUAUUUCCCUGUGCAGCUUCUGUGAUUCCGUAAGACAGACAUGACAACCGAGGAAGACAGGGGCCAAGGACCGCACGGCAUCCGAGCACAGGGCGUCUGACCCUCCCUGUGAUGCUUCCUUCUCAUUUGAACUUGACUCCUCCUGGCUCUUCCUCCUCUAUCUGUUUAUAAGUCUCCCGUUGGGGAAAAAAAGGCCAACCUCCUCCCCAUCCCUGGGGAUUAUCUUGAUCUUUUAUUUAGACUUUGAGGUCGAGGACACACGGAACUUGAAAUGCUGCACAACGUCAACAGCAAUAAUCCGCUCAGGACUGUGGGAUGGAUGGGUCAGAGGAUGAGAAAACGGGACCAGAACUGCAAAGACUGGCUUUGGCUGCCCGGUCCGCCUCUCACAGCUCCACACUGCUCUGGGUCGAUCCUCCUGCAUGUGUUCCAGGGAGCAGCGAUGCAUGCAGUAAACGUGUCGGCCUGGGACGGAGCUGAGCUGUUAACGAAGUGGGGUGGUUUGGGGGAAAUGAAUGCUCCUUACCCAUCUGUAGCUCAUGGAAACCAUGUGACUAAGCCCAGGGUGCAGGGAUUAUCUGUGUAGCAUAGGCAUGCAGAGCUGGACGAAGCUCUCCCCCCCUUGCACAGGAAGGUGCUGAAAUGUUUUUGUGGACCUGAAGGUGCACUUAACAAAACUGCCCGUUUGGGAAUGACUGUCUUUCGGUUUACUUCCCUCGAUUUGUUUUCUUGGGCUUUUUGCCUUUUCAUCCCUUCCCUAGAUCUUGAGCUUUAAUGGCUCCUGCCUUGACUACUGCUUUUCUCCCGAAGGAGAGGACGGCUGACCUGCUGAGAGCCAUAACUCAGCUCUUCCGGUGUGGGAAGGCCCCCGUUCCAUGGGGGGGGUGGACAGCGGAAGGGCUGGGUCACACCAGGGCUGUUGGCCAUCCCAGAAGCCCUGAAGGGGUUAACUCACCUCAAGUGAUCUGAAUGCGAGAGACCAAAGACACUGUCCUCAGAGUCGAGGAAGACAGAUGAUGGCCAGGAAAGGCUUUUGGUUUUGCCUCUCCUGGCCGCUGUCUGUGCACAGCCAUUCCUCAGCACCCCCUUGAGAGGUGAGUUCUGAUGAUCGCUUAAACAGUUUGUUGGGAGCGUGUGCGCCAGUUCGCCUAGCAAAAUCAAAUAAUCCAGGAGCAAAUUCUUCUCCUGGAAUACGGCCGAGGGCCACUCCUUCCUCUGACUGUGGAGGCAUGACUCAUUCGAAGAUAAACAAGGAUACUUGGAAGUGGUGAGUGAGGGACAGAUGUCUUCAAGCAGAAAUUUGGUUUAGUCCAUCAAGGUCCUUCUUCACAUUGUGAAUAGUUACAGAUUUUUCAAGUGAGUUGACAUCCAAAGAGCUGGGAGAAAUAGUGUCCUAAUCCCCUCGUUUAAUGUAGGAGACCUCAAAACACAGGCUCUUUAAAACCCGAAUUCCUUGUUCGGUGGAUGGGAUUGACUCAAAGGAGAAAGGGCAGCUUACUCUCUCCCAGGAGUGACUCGCUCCUGGGGGUGGUGACGCGUGGUGAGUGUACCCAUCCACCGUGCAGAAUUGUUAGAAAAGCGACCACUAGACAGCCCUUUUUAUCUUCCUGCCUUUUCAAGAAAGGAUGGAAGUUGUUUGAUGUUUACGUUCAUUUUAAGAAGACAAAACACACAUUUUGCAACCAGACCCAACCCGAGCUAAUCGCCGUCUCAGGAGGUGGCCUCUCGUCCACCACAUGGUGUAUUUGUGCUUAUAUUUAUACCGUGGAAGUUCAGGGUACACACGAACACGUCCAGCAUGACUCAGGUAGCACUUAGAAGAAUGUACGUUACUUUAUCAUUUUUGUAAAGAUGCGAACAGGAGCAGAGCUGUUAACCACAGCUCUUCCAUCCCCUUGGGUCACUGUGCAAACUCAAUCAGGGUCUGGAGGUAAGGUGGAGACGACUGGGUGUCCACAGCCAGUCUCUUGGCUCAGGCAAAAUGACCACGGGCUUUCUUGGGAAGCCCCGGUGUCUGUAAGGGGUAAGGGCCGGCUGCCCUCAGGACCCCAGCGUUAAGGAGCUUAGCCCUAGUUGCAGUGAUUUUCAUCUGGGGGCUAACUAGGAGUUUACUGUUAAUGGCACGAGACUUUAAAGAGGAGAGGCAAGUUUUGUGCCACAACUGGAGAAGAAAUGGUGUAAGGAAAGAAAGCCAAACGAAACACAAAUAUCCCUUGCGAAAUAUUCCAGGUCAAAAGUGUCACCUUUCUAAGACCCACAGACACACCUUUUUCUUCUCUCCAGUGCACUGUUUAGGAAUCGUUUCUCCAGCAGCUGUGAAGUAGAAAGCAUGGACUCUCUAUGAUAUACCUCCGCUAUUAAAAGCAAAGUACAACCCAGGUUAAAAGUACCAAUUGAAUAGUCUUAAUAAGUGCACCAUCAGGAUGACAAACCAUUGAAGCUGAGCAAGCACUCUUUCUUUUCUUGAGUUUGCCCGUCGCUUACGCCUUGAGUUAAAGGAUGUGUCUCACUUUCACCUACUGUGCAUUUCCCCUGCCCUGUUUCCUAGGUCAGGUAGAGGACAUUGAAUGUUAGGAACUGGGAACCUAAUUGAAGCGCAUAGUUUCCAUCUAUGCAAUUUUACUUGCUUCUGUCACUUUAUGAUCUGUUCAUAUUUGGCAUCAAUUAAAGAUAAUUUUUAAGGAUCUUAUCAAGGAA